GAGUAUUGUAAUGUUCAUGAAUAAUAGAAUAUGGUGUUGAUGCAGGCUGAUUACGGGUAUUUGAGCCAAUGAUAAGGUAGUACUGGGUCUUACAGCCUAUGAUUCGCUACCCAAGAAGAUUCGUGUUCACGGUUUGCGGUGAGCAUCUAAAUUUGUGAACACGAAAAAGUGAAACAAGCGACGACCACCACCUCGUGUGGAGCCAUUAUACUGAUUGUACUUUUUAUUUUGUUUCAGAAGACGAAUGGUGUGAGCCGUGCAAGAGAGGGCCCUAAUCGGCAGCCAUGAGCAACAUCUACAUUCAAGAGCCGCCCACAAACGCCAAGGUGCUGCUUGAGACCACUGUCGGUGACCUGGACCUCGAACUAUGGGGAAAGGAGGCGCCGCGCGCGUGCCGCAACUUCAUCCAGCUGUGCAUGGAGGGAUACUACGAUGGGACGCCGUUCCACCGCGUGGUGCGCGGGUUCAUCGUGCAGGGCGGCGACCCGACCGGCACCGGCGAGGGCGGCGAGUCCAUAUACGGACACCCGUUCAAAGACGAGUUCCACUCGCGACUGCGCUUCUCGCGGCGCGGCCUGCUGGCGAUGGCCAACGCCGGCAAGGACGACAACGGCUCGCAGUUCUUCUUCACGCUGGCGGCGACGCCAGAGCUGCAGAACAAACACACAAUUUUCGGCAAGGUGGCGGGAAAUACACUGUAUAACAUGCUGAAGUUCGAGGAGGGAGAUAUUGAGGAUGAUCGGCCGAAGUAUCCACACAAGAUCAUCCGCACGGAGGUACUAUUGGAUCCGUUUGACGUAAUUCCUCGCCGGAAAGCCGAACCAUCCGAGGCCGAGAAGAAAGAAGCGAAACCAAAGAGCAAGUCGAAGGCUACGAAGAACUUCAAGCUGCUCUCAUUUGGAGACGAGGCAGAAGAAGAUGAGGAUGAAACGAUCGAGGCCACCAAAAAGUUCUCGGGCAAGUCCAAGUCGUCACAUGACCUCACGGACGAUCCCAAGCUGAGCUCUGCCCCGGCCGUGCCAGAAACGGCUCGGAACUCGAAACGCACCUCAGAGCCGGAGGAAACCGUCAACAUGGAGAACUUACGGAAGAAAUUAAAAAAGAGUGAGGCAGAGGAGGAGAAACCAGACAAUUAUCGACUUUUCCAGGGCGACGAUGAGAAGAAGAAGGCUCAAGUAGCUGAAGCGAAGGCCGAAUUCGAAGAAUUGAAAAACCAGAUGCUGAAGAGGAAGCAAGCGGCGGUGAAAGCGGAUGCUGUUGCUGCAAAGAAAGAGGAGCCUGAGAACGACGCCAUCAAGGAGUACAAACAGCAAAAGGCUGAGUUCGAGGAAAAGAAGAAGCAGCUGCCGAAGCGCGGCGCGUCCUCCCGCGAGGCACAGACGAUGGCGCUCCUGGAGAAGUUCAAGAACAAGCUGCAUCGCGCCAAGGAGGAGCAUGUGGACGCGCCACAGGAGACUACGGCCGGUGGCGACGACGCCGAGGACGUGAAUGACGACUCGUGGCUAACGCACGAGCUGCACUUCACCGCCAACGACCCGACCCUGGCCAAGGACGCCAGCACCAAGGCGGACGACUGGUACGACAUCUACGACCCGCGGAAUGAGAUGAACAAGCGGCGGCGGCAGGCGGACGCCAAGGGCAAGCGGAGGAAAGACAAGGGCGAUCUCUGAAUGCUGGGGAUGUGGGUGAGAAAAGGGAGGGGGAGGUCGGAUUUUGUGCGAGGUAUGAGAGAGUAAUAAUUCUGAGACGUUUGUUUUGUCGUAUUUUGAAUCGUCCGUCUCGGUAUCUGUGCGUGAGUUUGAGAUCUGAGUGCAAGUCCGAUUAGUGUGUAAAGCUUGUUACCGCUCCUCGUCAUCCAGCUGCUUUCAAAGGAACCCAAGCGCGUGAUGCCAGAUGUCGCUGUCUUUUUAGUUGGCGUGGCGCGUAUUAAAAACCAGUUGAUUUUACAACACUGUCAGUCGUCACAUCGUGCUAACGUCAGACUUCAAUUUUUCUGCUGCCAUCUCCAGUUUUGCCAUGUCCAAGUUGGCUUCCCCUGGACACAACAGCCUAGUCUGUUCUGUGGAUAGUUUUUCCUGGUAUUGAUACGUGACCCCGUUUUUUUUUUUUUUUUUACUUGACUUAUAACAAUUAAAGGUGAGAUGUUCGCUGUCUUGCACCGUGUCUUUGAUGGUGAAAUAAUGACAUGAAAUAAAUGAUAAAA